GACAUCAAAGGCCAGCCUGUGGCUGUGGGAGCACGAGUCAAGCUAAAGAUUGGCCUUGGAACUGUUCGCUAUGUUGGUCCGCUUGACUUUCAAGCUGGUACAUGGGUUGGUGUCGAGGUUGACAAUGAAGAGCAGGGACGGAUCACUGGCACGGUCAAGGGCAAGGAGUACUUCCAGUGUGUCAAGCCGGGCAAGAAUGGUGUGUUCUCCAAGCCGACGUCGAUGUUGGUGGUGAAGGCGGCACCUGCGGCUGGAGCGGCGGCGGCCAGUGGUGGCGAUCAGGCGACUGAGGAAGAGGCGACUGUCUCCAACUCGGGGUCGACGCUGACAACCAAGGAAGACGCAGCGGCGGCAGAGGCAGCGGAGCGAGAGCGCAAGCUCAAGAUUCUGAAGAAGAAGAAGCUACUGCUUCUGAAGAAGAAGAAGCUCGAGGCCGAGAGGGCCAAGAGGGCGCAGGCCGAAGCGGCGUCGGCGAGCUCGGCAUCGAGCACGCCCAAGAGCACCGGCGCCAAGAGCGCUGCUCUCAAGCCGCUGCCGGGCAAGACAGUGCCAGGCUCGGCCAAGGCGGUGACUGCGUAUGUGGGCAAAGUCAAGGCCAAGGGCGCCAAGGAGCUCUCAUUUAAGCCGUUUGUGACCAAGGCACCGCUCACCUCGUUUCCCUCGGUCUUGCUAGAGGAUCCGGCUACCGGGGCGGCGUUUGCGUCUGUCGACCUUGCGGACAACUGCGUCGGCAGCUUGCCGCAAGACCUGUCGAGCCUCGGGGGCUUGACCAAGGUCAACCUCAGCAGCAACCGGCUGACGACGCUUCCCGGCUCGCUCGGCUCGCUGCCUGCCCUCAAGAUGCUGUAUGCGCCGAGCAAUGCGCUGACCUCACUUGAGGUCGGGCUGGGGGGUGCGGCGGCGACGCUGCGGAUUCUUGAUGUGUCUGGCAACGCGCUGACGGCCCUGCCCGAUGCGCUUUUUGAGGCGCUUGUCAACCUAGCAGACCUCAAGGUGGCGUCCAACGCGCUGACCACGAUCCCGCUGGCGGUGGCCAAGCUGCGCAAGCUGCAGCGGCUCGACGCGAGCCACAACGCGCUGACGAAGCUCCCUGCCGAGCUUGGCGCCAACUCGGGCGUGUUCUCGCAGCUGCUGGUGAGCGGCAACGCACUGACGGCGCUGCCUCCGGGGGUGGCGGCGGCCAAGGCGCUUACCAAGCUUCACGUGGAGAGCAAUCCACUUGUAGGCGGGGCGGUCGCGUACCUCUCUGAGGCGCAGCGCGCGGCAGCCGAGGCCGGCAAGCUCGAGAUCAAGGACGGUGGAGGAGCGGCAGCACACCCGGUGACGGCGGCGCUCAAGGAGCAGGCGCGGCGCGACUCGACGGCGUCGUCGGCCGGCUCGGUGUCGUCGGUCGAGGCGAGCUCGGCGACCGAGGCUGGCGGCGAGGAUGCUGACGACGCGCGGCCUGCGUCGGCGUCGGCGUCGAGCGUUGUGCUCUCGUCGGGCCUGGACGUCGGCGCAAUGCACUCUGCCGUGGCAGGGUACCUCGACGAGCUGGCGACGAUGAAGGCAGACCUUGCGCCGAUGAUGUCGCGGCUGCGCGAGAUCCGGGCGGCGGCGGCGUCUGCAGCGGCGCGCGGGGCGACGUUUGAGGGUGCGGACGGGCCGGCCAAGAUCGAUGUCGACCUCGACGUUACCGCCGACGGAGUGCACUCGGACGACGGGUCGGACAUUGACGACGACGACGAGUCCGAGUCUGGGGCCGGCUCGGCCACUGGUGAGGAGGAGCCGGCGCCUGCCGGCGGCGACGGCGAUGGUGGCGACGGCGAGGUCAACCGGGCGCAGCAUCUGCACCAUAACCACGUGCGGAUUGCGCGGCUGGAGAAGAACGCCCACAAGCGGGCGCUGUCGCGGGCCAUGGCGGCCAUGGCCAACUACCGGCGGAUGCAGUACGAGCACGUGCGGAUGGCGCAAGCGCAGGGCGCGCCGUACGUCCCACCGGGCCCACCGCCCAACUACACGGCGCUCAUAUUGGAGGCCGACGCCGAGGAACUCGCGGCGCAGCAGGAGAUAUCCGAGCUGCUCGGUGACGAGUUUGAGUGUGCACCCGACGAGCUGCCGCAGGAGCAGCUGCACAUUACCGGCGAGGCGGUGGAGGGCGAGCGGCUCAAGAUCAAGAGCAGCCACCACCGGCGGUUGCAGCGGCGGUUCCGGUUCCAGUGGGAGCGGCGAGCCGGCGAUGGGGUGUGGCGGCGCAUUCCGUUUGCGCUCCACUACCACUACUCGCUGACGGCGGUCGACGUCGGGCGCGACGUGCGGUGUGUGCUCACGCCUGUGGCGGCCGAAAAUGGUUCGGGAGCGGUGGCGUUUGAGGCGUGCGGCGUGGCGCCCGGGGCCCCGCGGUACGAGGAUCUCACCAUUGAGGGCUCCGAGUACCAUGACACACUCUUUACGCUCAACGGGCGGUACUGGGGUGGGACCGAGGGCGGCUCGUCGAUCGUGUGGUCCAAAUCGUCGGACGGCGUCCACUACGUUCCGGUCACGCCCGAGGCCGACGGCAAGUCUUACCAGGCGACGUCGGACGACAACCACUGCAAAAUCCGGGUCGAGUACACCCCGGUCCGUGCGGACGGGGUGGUGGGCGAGCCGGUGGCGGCCGAGACCGGGCCGAUCCAGAUCUCGCGGAGAGUGGUCAACCUCGUCCGCGACAUGCUGUUCCAAGACAAGGCCGCCUUUGACGUCAAGAUCAUUGGCGACUCGCCGGCCGACCCGACCGAGGACGCGGCGCUCAAGAUCAAGGGCAAGCGGCUCGGCCUCUACAAGGUCGGCAAGCGAAACAAGGCUCACAAGUCGCUCAUCAAGCUCGAGGUCGACGCCACAACCUCGUACAUCCUCGACUGUCUCGACCAUGCCGCCCGUGAUGUCGUCGCCGUCACCAUUUCGUUCUUCUCCAAGCGCGAGCGACGCGAGCGCGAGAAGGCCUCCCGCCGGUGAAGAUUUCAGCAAGAGAGAAGCGCGCGAGCGCAAGGUUUCUU